CUCUAUCUCGCUCCUCUUUUUCAUUUUUUCCUACACACCGCUUUAUCCAAAUAUUUAUUUGAUCUCUAUCCCUCUCCUAUGUCACAUCAGCUAUCAUGCACCCUCCAAUCAAGUUAAAACAGCCAAAAAAAUUGGCUGAUGGGCUAUACCAAUUGUACACAAUAAUUAAUUGGAAAUUGGAAUGACACCUGGGCGCAUAUACAAAACACACACGCAAUCACUUUGCUUAAAGAACACUCACCGCCAGCCCAUAGCAGAGGAGAAUCAUAUAACAACUCACAACUGCUAAAUCUAUCAGAUUGAUUACUUCUCAUAAAUGAAAUAAAAUACUCCGUAAGUUAUAUUCUCAGAUCUCAGAAUAUAUUCCUGUAAAUUAGAUUAUUGGCUUCUUCAUUUUCCAAUCAGCAAUGGCCGCAGAUCCUGCUUCUUCUUCCUUGAACGCCUCUGUCUCCCAUGGUGGGGCAGGAAAUCCUGGUGAUGAGAUCUCCCCUCUCCAAAAACACGCCAUGUUUUUCGAUAUCAAUGGGGAUGGACUUAUUUAUCCAUGGGAAACUUUUAAAGGUUUCAGAAUGCUUGGAUUCGGGAUACCAUUAUCAACAUUUGCAGCCGUGUUUAUUAAUCUUGGGCUCAGUAAAAAAACUCGACCGGGGAAAGGCAUAUCUCUUCUCUUCCCUAUUGAGGUGAAAAAUAUUAAACUUGGGAAACAUACUAGUGAUACAGGUGUCUAUGAUUCAGAUGGAAGGUUCGUUCCAGAAAAAUUUGAGGAAAUAUUCGCUGAACACGCACACUCAAGUGCAAAUAGUUUGACAUCAAAGGAAUUGGAUGAAAUGCUCAAGGCAAAUAGACUGCCAAAGGACUAUGCAGGAUGGGUUGGUGCAUGGGCAGAGUGGAAGGUAUUAUAUUUAUUAGCCAAAGACAAGGAUGGAGUUCUGCCCAAAGAAGCUAUAAAAGGAGUUUAUGAUGGGAGCCUCUUCGAAACAAUUAAGAAACAGCGUACAGCCAAAAAGCAAGUUUAAAGUUUUAUCUAUCAACUUUAAUUAGUUAUUCAUUCUAUGUUUUAGGAAUGCAUAACUGAUUCAAACAUUGGUUAUAGCCAAUUUAGGCCUUUCUUCUUAUGUUUACACUAGAACAUGAAUUUAAUCAAAUAAGCUUGGGUGGUUUAUCUGCUGAAUGUUGCAAAAAUAGGGAAAUUUACCACAAUAUUACUGAAAGCGAGUCGAUUUCCCAUUAUAUCACUAAAAAUCCAUUAUAUCAAGCAAGAGAAAGUUUCCAUGUUAUAGAUUGGGAAAUAGACACUCUUUUAGUCAUAUUAUAAAUAAUUUUCUCUGCAAAAAUAAUGUUGGCUGAAUUAAGCCUUGUUACGUUAUUUGUAUAAUUGAUUCUUUAUCAUUUUCAGCGUAAGAACAAUUUCACAGCAUUGAGAUGGAUGUCUGUUUGAAUGCUAUGUCAUCAAAUCAUUACUGGAUGGAGUCUUGAAGAGAGAAAAAGAAUUACUUAACUAUGUAUAUUAUUCAUAACGUGUACGUGUGAUGUAAUUAUGAGUAAAUAAAAGAAACAUAUUAUUAAUUAAAAUGUGUGUUAGGGAUUAUUUUCUUGUAUAUAAUAGUUGCAUUAGUUAUCUUUACAUUUGUGUAUUGAUUGGGCCAACUUUGCAUUUGAA